UAUGGCCUCCGACCUUGACCAAGAAGUUCGCCUGUUCGACAACAAUUCUGAACGUGACCGUAUAGACAACAUGUCAGAAUUAUAUGCAAUGAUAAACGCUUUGGAAUGUUUAGAAAAAGUUUAUUCAAGAGAUUAUGUGCCUUCUAAAGAAUACACAGCGGAAUGUUCAAAAUUAUUAGUCCAAAUAAAAGUUGCACUUCGCCUAGUUCCGGGUAUGAGCAUUGAAGAAUUUGUUCGUCAACACAGAAUUCAGUGCCCGGCUGCGUUGGAGCGUAUUAGAGAAGAUAGACCGAUUACAGUUAGAGACGAUAAGGGAAAUCAACUUAAAUGUAUUGCUGACAUUGUUGAAUUAUUUAUUACUUCACUUGACCAACUUAAAUUAAAUAUUCGUGCUGUUGAUGAACUAUUUCCGAAUUUAACUGAAUUGUAUGCUUCAAUAAAUGCAAUGAGCACUCUUCCUGAUGAUUUUGAUGCUAAAGUGAAAGUUAAAUCUUGGUAUGAUAAACUACAUGGAAUGGCUGCACACGAAGAACUUUCUGACGAAACAGCUCGUCAAAUGAUUUUUGAACUUGAAGCAGGCUAUAAUGCUUUUCAACGUUUUUUGCGAAGCUCAUAAGGAUGGAUAAAAAUCAAAAAUAAUUUUUUUUAUUAAUUUUGUGUUUUUUAAAAUAAUAAAUAUUUUUUGAUGUAUUUUAAUUUGUAAAAUUUUUAGAAGUUUUUUGCUCCUGUGCAAUUUUUGAAAUUAAAUUUCAUUUUUCAGCCCUCUUUUUAGCUUGGAAUAUGCCUUAUAUUUUUUUUCAAUUGAAAAAAAUAUGGGAAGGUCGAGUGUUGGAGGUAAUUUCGUGGUGGGUUUCUUCACAAAUUUUUUUAUCAAAUCCGAAUUUCCAUAAGUUUUGGCAAAACGUUUUUUUUAAUUUAAUUUUUUGUCUAACCCUCAUUUUUAAUGCUAACGCAUUUUGCCAAUACCACAUUUUGC